AUGAAAGAGCGUUUGUCGUAUAUGUACAAUAGUCUUGAACAUUAUGGUUCAUUGAAAGGUCCUGGUACAGCUACUAAAAUCAAAGGACUCUUGAAUGACGUUGGUUUGAACACUGAGAAAAUAUUGAAACAUGAGAUUAGCAAUCUUUCCAAAGAAGAAACUGAAGCUAUUACUACUUUAUCUAAAGAUUCUAAUUUAGUGGUAUCGAAAGUGAAUAAAGGGAACACGAUCGUGGUGUUAAACAAAGAUGAUUAUUUAUCAAAAGCUCAAGAAUUAUUGAAUGACCAAAGAGCUUUUAAAAAAUUGAAAUCUAAUUUGACAAUCAAACGAGAGCUUGAAUUUAUUAAUUUUCUACUGAAAUUAAAGAGAAACAAACUGAUUACUGAAGAUGAUUAUAAGAUUAUGAGACUAAGAACAGGCAGUAGAACUCCAGAAGCUUAUUUUCUUGUAAAGGUUCACAAGAAUAAUCUGCCUUUACGACCUAUUAUAUUAUGUUAUGACUCGUAUAAUUAUAACACAGCAAAAUACUUAGCCAAUCUCUUAGCGCCAGCUCUCAAAGAUGCACCGUCUUAUGUGAAAGAUACAUUUGACUUCGUGGAUAAAAUUCAAAACAAUAAACAAAUGCCAGGUUUACUCUGCUCUCCAUAUUGGAUGUGGGACCCCAGCCCGCGCGCAGGUCUCGAAAAUCUGAAUCGACAGUUCGAUUCAGAAUAUUUUUCUCUUCAUAUACUGAAUAAAUCAGCUCCGACUUUUCUAGUUUAUUUUAUAGAGCGCUCGUGUCUACGUACGU